AUGGGUGGUUUAAGUGGUAACACAUCGUUCUUCUCCUUUGGGCCGAAUGAUAGCUUUAUCUCAAAGAGCUUUGCUGGACUACAGUAUCUCCAAGAUCUCCUACUCGGCAGAACAGUCGCCGAAGUCCACUGGGCAACACUCGGCCCCGUACCAGACUCCUGGAUCCUAAGUUCAAAAGACUCAGCCGGAACGAGCAGUUUACGCUGGGGUGCUUCCAUCCCAACGCGCCUACAAACAGUUCUGAGCAAAACAUGGCACUCACCUCACCUCCGCGCCUUCCUCGGUCCCCAUGAUUCCUUCAUAAUAUCGCAUCCUGAACUUCUGCGCUGGGCAAACCUCCCCCCAAGCCUAGAAGAUGCAUUGCAAUCCUGGCUCACGCCCUCCGGCUGGCGCGUCGGCCCCCCGCGCAUGGUAACGUGGGGCCCGGAAGGCGCCUUCUUUGCUAUGAGCGAGUACGGCGAUGUUGUGUACCGGCUUGGCGACCCAGACGCAUGGGACAUUUACAAAGAAACAGUUGAGGAAUGGAAGGCUGAACGGGGGUUUCUUUGGAACGAACUCGCGUUUAUCGCGCUGGAUCCUACGACCAACGAUCAAUUCGUCGCCAUACGGAAUGAUGGCACGUGGGCCGGCUCCAUCGACGACGUCAAUGAAGAUGCGCUAGAGGGUUUUGCGUUGAAUUACUUCGCCAGGACGAAACCGAAACAUAGGGCUAACGCUAGUACGUCGUCGAUGCCUGGUGGAGGCGGUGGUGGACAAACGCCAAACGGAACGAGGGACCCCCCACCAGUGAAGAAACCAGAUGCAGAACUCCAACCCCUCUACACAAAAUGGAGUACCGAAACCGCUGUCCUCUUCGCUACCGCCUCCGCUUCCACGGGUGGUUCCAAAGCAAAAGCCCCAAGGAAACUACAGGUCCGCUCUGUAUCCAGUAGUUCGGAUACCUCGUCCUCUCCCUCCCCCUCACCUGGCGGCAAAAACCAGGGUAAAUCACAACUCCUGUCGCAGUUCCCGUAUCUCCCAGCGGCGGUGACGACGUGCUCGCUUACUGCGUGUACGAUUCUAAAGGCGCAGGAUGCGAGUAUCCAUGCGUGUCAACAUGAUUUGGAGAGGCUGUUGAGGGCGAGUGGGUUGUAUAGUUAUGAGUGGUUGAGGCAGGAGAGACUUAGGUGGCAUCCGGAUCGGUUUGGGAGGUUGUGUGUGGAGGAGUGGAGGGAGACGGGGAAGAAGCUUGCGGGGGAGAUGUUUAAGCUUAUGAGUGUGUUGAUUGAGGAUGUUAAGCAUGCUGAGGGCGUGUAA